AUGGGUAUCUCUCAAGACAACUGGCACAAGCGCUGCAAGACCAGGGGCAAGAGGAAGCCCUACCACAAGAAGCGAAAAUAUGAGCUGGGAUGCCCUGCUGCCAACCCUAAGAUUGGGCCCGGCUGCAUACACACACUCCAAGUGCACGGAGGCAACAAGAAGUACCGGGCCUUGAGGCUGGACGUAGGCAGCUUCCCCUGGGGUUCCCAGUGUUGUACGCGCAAAACAAGGAUUAUUGACGUUGUCUACAAAGCAUCCAACAACGAACUGGUCCGCACCAAGACCCUAGUAAAGAACAGCAUCGUGCCCGUUGAUAGCACACCGUGCGGACAGUGGUACGAGUCCCACUACGCACUGCCCGUGGGCCGCAAGAAGGGGGCCAAGCUGACUCCUGAAGAGGAAGAGAUUUUGAACAAAAACGAUCAAACAAAAUUCAGAAAAAAAUCUGAUGAAAGGAAAAAGAACACCAAAAUCAGCCAUCUCCUCGAGGAGCAGUUCCAGCAGGGCAAGCUUCCUGCAUGCAUCGCUUCAAGACCAGGCCAGUGUGGCCCAGCAGAUGGCUAUGUGCUCGAGGGCAAAAAGCUGGAGUUCUAUUUGAAGAAAAUCAAGGCCCGGAAAGGCAAAUAA